ACCCUCUGGACUCUUUUUUUCGUCUUUUCUCGUCACGUGACCUGUGCGUGGAAGCCCCCGGGCGCGUGCGUGUGGAUGGCGGCUCAGCGCGUGAACAGGCGCGUGGGUAAACCGUGCGCGCGCCCGUGCAGCCCGGCCCGGAGCGCGCAGCGGCAUCAGGCGCGCGUCACCGUGAAGUACGACCGGCGCGAGCUCCAGCGCAGACUGGACACGGAGCGGUGGCUCGAGCACGCGCUGCACGAGCUCUACAGAGGACAGGAGCAGUUGAUUCCUGAUGAGCUGAACAUCGAUGAACUUCUGGACCUGAAAACAGACGAAAAGAAACGAACCAGACUCAAUGAGAUCCUUCAGGCGUCGGGUUCUGACACAGACUCUUUCAUCAGUUGUUUCUUGUUGAAGCUUCAGGGUUUACAGACUCAGGAGGAUCUGCACAACAACGGCAUCGAGCUCCAGCAGCUGCACAUCUGCUCCACCAGGACCUCCUCCACCUCCUCCUCUUCUCCAUCCUCCUCUUCAUCCUCCUCGUCCUCCUCCAACACGGACGUCCAGAUCUGACCAUCCAACGCCUGAAGAACAUCUGCUCCACCAGGACUUCACCUCCUCUUCUUCAUCCUCCGACAGUUUAACAAAGAAACAUCCUGAACCUCGUCUGUCAGAAAAAAAGAGAAAUGAAUCUUACAAGUGUUUCUCCUCCUCUGACCUUCUCCUCUGACCUCUCCUCUGACCUUCUGCUCCU